CGAGUCUUGAYGRACCAGCMUUGGAUGAAGASCUGCAACACGAAAGAGCCUGCGCAUAUUUAGUGAGGUCCGAAACCCAGAUGGAAUAAUUGCACCGAAUUGACGAAUGAAUCAACGAUGGAACAUUCAAGGAUCCCAAUGCGAGGGAAAACUAAAGAUGCCGAAGCCGAAGCUCUGUUGAAAUUACUUCGACAGGAGCAAGAGUUUCAUAGUCGACAGAUUUCAAUACCGCAAAUCCAACGAAAGCAGCCAUUACCGUCGAUAAGAGGCACGGCACAUGAUAGUGAUGAACACUGCGAUGAUAGUGCGAAUAAUGGGGUUUUUAUUAGUCAAAUGAAAACUGGUCUUUCAAAUCAAGACAUUUGCUUCAGUGAAUCACAGUUUCUGUGUAGUAAUUCUAAAGAUAGCCCGUACAACAACAAUGAUAACACAAUUGGUGGUUAUAGUGACAUUCCUUCGCUUAGACUGAAGUCUUACGAUUGGAAAAAAGACACCGACCAUGUUUUAUACCAUAGAUAUGAACGACAGCAACGAAAACCGACUAAAAAUCUACCACCACUAGGGCCCCAAGUUUCAUCUCCAAGAGAACGAGACACGAGGCCAUCUAGGCCUCUUCCAUCUUCACCAAAACUCUGGGAAGACGAUUAGCCUUUUCAAAAGCCAUGAGAUUUAGAUUUGUACGCUAAUAUGGGAUAUAUGCAGGGUUUUAGUGGAUUAAACCCUGUCAAGCCGUUCCUAAGGGACGCACAUGGCGACGCUAAGGGUCUUUUCUCUGGUCCCAACCAAAGAAUUUCGCCAUUAUUUGACUGUUGUCAAUUGGGUAUCACAUCUAAUUCA